AUGGCAAAUGACGCUAGAACCACGAUUCAAGACAAGUUUAUGGCCUCAGAUAACAUCAUCAUCGUCGCUACGAUCGCCUUCGGUAUGGGUAUAGACAAAUCGAACAUCCGCAACGUUGUCCAUUACGCCGUCCCCAAGAGCCUUGAAGGUUACAGCCAAGAAAUCGGACGCGCUGGACGUGAUGGCCUGGAGAGUACCUGCAUGAUCUAUCUUUGCGCCGAGGACAUCAAGAUCAUGGAGGAAUGGUCUAGGGCCGACGUGCCAAGCCUGAGGAGUGUCAAAGGUUUGGUAGGGGAGUUCUUGGAACUUCACCGAUAUGCUAAGGCAGGGGAUGUCAUUGAACGGAAUCUGAAUGAGGAGUCUAGGGAGUGGGACAUCCGUAAAAAUGCACUGGAUCUCUUGAACGCGCAGCUCGAGCUUCGUUUUGAGCUCAUCAGGGCAAUCAAGCCCAAGUAUUCCGAGUAUAAAUACAUCAAGUCUCAAGCUUUCGAGAGCCGCACUGCGGAUGGCUCUCCGGUUACCAAGGCACUCAAAAAGAUGAGCAAGACUGCCCACAAGUGGACGCGAAUCGACGUCGACGCAGCUGCUGGUAGCGGAGGCUUCCAGCGAGCGGACGCGGUGAAGAAACUGCAAGAAUGGAACGACUCUGGAGCUAUUGAACUACAGCCAAGUGGUGUGGUGAACCGCUUCCGCGUUCUCAAGGACUUCCCGCAAGGGGAAGAGGCGAAGCGUCAGAUAACCACAUCUAUCUACGCGCAGAUUGAGGCCAGAGAAAAGAGCGACAUGGAACGAGUCCAGCAAGUUAUCGACCUCGUCACCACCAAGGGCUGCCUGAGUCGGGAACUGGCCAGACAUUUCGCGGACGAUGGUACUGUGCCCAAAGGAGGUUGUGGACACUGCAACUUCUGUCUUACGAAAACCCAAGUCAAAUUCAUCCAAGCGCACAACCAGUCUCGCAAAGGCCGUAUUGACGAGCGGAAGAUCAAGGCGAUUCUGGCCGCUACCACGGUCCGGGACGACGCGCGAUUCUUGGCCAGGGUUGCCUUUGGCAUAUCGAGCCCGAGGGUUACCGUGGAGAAGCUGGGGAAGCACGCGGUGUUUGGAAGCAUGGACGAUUGCGACUUCGAGGAGCUCGUCAAGAGGUUCGAUCAAGUCUGCAAAUCGUGA